AUUCAAGGCCGCUUUAGAAGCGGCCUGGUAUACCUUGUAUGCGCAUGCGCUUACAUUACCCCAAAAAGGGGGUAAUCCGUGUAUUUGUGGAUACUGUCAGUAAAAUAAACACGUAUACUAUUUUGUAUUCUAAUUUUAGUGGUCCGUGUUACACACUUUACAUAUAGCAAAGAUGACUAGCUCGACUGACACUGAGUUCUCUUCCGCUCUGGCUUAUGCCCUUUCUUGUGUGAAGAGAAGUCAUUUAGUUCUGAGGGAUAAACAGCUUGACACUCUACGGAUGCUGUACGAAGGGAAUGAUGUUUUCCUGUGGGUUCCUACUGGAUAUGAAAGUCUAUCUGCUACCAAACUUUGCCUUUUUAAUUCGACAAGAAGCUGGAUAGAAUUAGUUCUCCUCCUAGUGAGCGUAGUAUUGUCCCCUAGUGUCUCUAAUGGUAGAUCAAGUGACUAGUCUACAUGAUCGUGGUGUUCCUUGCUGGUAUACUCAGUGGAAACAAAGGGGUCGAUAAGAAGUCCAAGUGAGUGCUUCACCUACCCCCAGAAUACUCAUAAGGCAGUGCCAGUCCUCUAUACAAGGCUCUAACUGCUCCAAUUGUCCACUGCGAGUGUCCGCAUCUCGCAUAUGUUUUUUGCUACAUCGCUGUCUUUCACAAGUCAUCUGAUCGCCACCUGACAUAACAAACAUCAAGGACUACAACCUCAGAUUUGUUGGCCAUCUCUGUGCUGUGGGGGUGCUUAAUGUGACUGACAACACACCGUUUGUACCGCUGGAGGGGCUUGAUGUACUCGCACAGUAUUCGACCGACUAGAACGACCAAAUUUCUUGGAUGCCCUCAAUGUCGGCCUUUGUAGGAAGGAAGCAUCGAUAGGACGUUGGUACAGCUUGCUGAUUUUCGUGACCAACUUCAACACGGCACAGUAACUGAUAGUGACACUAAGAUGAUUCAGCCUGGAGUAUACCUUUGAAGAGUACGAGAGACAGAAACGACUGAAUACCACACAUUCUUGUGUUACGCUCUUUCAAGAGAAUUGCUGUGGCCAUACACAUCCCAGGGUAGUGACUCUCUCCGCGUUUAUGCAAGUUCCUAUGAUCUGAACGUCCUACGAUCGUCUGGAUAAGCCUAAAUAGAAUCGGAGACUUUCGCUGUAGUUCAGACACAGCCUGUUUCCACGAUAACUCUUCCACAUUGUCAAUUGGAACCCGGUGAAAUAGAGAGACAAACUCCCCAGAGUUACGACAUAGAGUGGAACAUUCGUCGUCAAGAAUUUUCACCACACCCUCUACCAAUUGGUCCUUCAGUGAAGGGCAAGAAAAUGCUGCCUUGGCAAUAGACUGAAUGUUGCCACUAUUCAGUGCCUGGCGUAAUUUCUGGAGACUUUCAUCUACUUCCGCAGUCACUGUACUGGUGUUCUGACAGGCCACAACCACUACGUUAUGUGUGCCCAGUUCCACCCAACAGAGGACUUAGUCGCAUCAGCCAGCCUCGAUCAAACUGUCCGAGUGUGGGAUAUAUCUGGACUCAGGAAGAAGACAGUGGCUCCAGGUAGCAGCGGCCCUGUAGAUACAUUCCGGAAUCCUGGUUCUGGGACGGAACUGUUUGGAACAUCUGAUGUCAUUGUCAAACAUGUGUUGGAGGGCCAUGACCGUGGUGUUAACUGGGUGUCCUUCCACUCCUCACUGCCUCUCAUUAUAUCAGCUGCUGACGACCGUCAGAUCAAGAUGUGGAGGAUGAAUGAUGCCAAAGCUUGGGAGGUGGACACGUGCAGGGGCCAUUACAACAAUGUCUGCAGCACCCUCUUCCAUCCUCGACAAGACCUUAUACUCAGUGUGUCAGAGGAUCGCAGCAUUCGAGUCUGGGAUAUGUCCAAGAGAUCUUGUAUUCAGACAUUUCGUCGUGAGUCUGAUCGCUUCUGGGUAGUAGCUGCUCAUCCAACACUCAACGUUUUUGCCGCUGGUCAUGACAACGGCAUGCUGGUGUUUAAACUGGAGAGGGAGAGACCAGCUUACACUGUGCACCAGAACAUCCUCUACUAUGUCAAGGAUCGAUUUCUGCGUCGCUAUGAGAUUGGUACCUCCAAGGACGCCCCUGUCAUGGCCAUACAUAGGAGUGGAGCCCCCCAGUUCCGGUCCUCUCCCCACAUCCUGUCCUACAACCCGGCGGAGAGUGCUGUCCUCGUCUGCUCAAACACCACCAACGCUGAGAACGCUUACUACGAGAUCUUCCCUGUGCCCAGGAACACUGACCCCUCCAAUCCAGAGUUCACUGAGGGUAAGAGGUCACCAGGGCUGACUGCAGUAUGGUUGGCCAGAAACAGAUUUGCCAUUCUUGACAAGAGCCAUCAGCUGGUUAUCAAGAACCUUCGUAACGAGGUGACCAAGAAGGUUCAGUGUCCUCCAUGUGACAGAAUCUUCUACGCUGGGACAGGUCACCUCCUCCUCAAGGACGCUGAGUCUGUCACUCUCUUUGAUGUGCAGCAGAGAAGGUCUCUGAACACUGUGAAGAUAUCCAAGGUCAAAUACGUUGUCUGGUCAGAUGACAUGUCACAUGUUGCACUCCUCGGCAGAAAUACCCUGGCGGUGUGCAAUCGUAAACUGGUGGCCCAGUGCACUGUGAACGAGAACAUGAGAGUCAAGAGUGCCGGCUGGGACGAGAACGGAGUCCUCAUUUACACCACUAGUAACCACAUUAAAUACGCCCUCAGCAACGGUGACCAUGGUAUCAUUCGUACCCUGGACCUGCCUAUCUACAUCACGGCAGUCAAGGGGAGCAAGGUGUACUGUCUGGACAGAGAGUGCAAGACCAGGGUGCUCUCCAUUGACCCCACUGAGUACAAGUUCAAACUUGCCCUCAUUAAUAGGAAAUACGAUGAGGUGUUGCACAUGGUGCGUACAGCCAAGUUGGUCGGUCAGUCCAUUAUCGCCUACCUACAACAGAAAGGCUACCCCGAGGUGGCCCUCCACUUUGUCAAGGAUGAGAGGACACGAUUUUCUCUGGCUCUUGAGUGUGGGAACAUUGAGAUUGCUCUGGAGGCUGCCAAGACCCUCGAUGACAAGGUGUGCUGGGACAGACUGGCCUCGGCCGCACUCGCUCAGGGAAACCAUCAGGUGGUUGAAAUGGCAUACCAACGUACCAAGAACUUCGAUCGUCUCUCCUUUCUGUACGUCAUCACUGGGAACAUGGAUAAACUCAGGAAAAUGACUAAAAUUGCUGAGAUCCGCAAAGACGUGAGCAGUCAGUACCAGAACGCACUCUUUACUGGGGACGUCAAGGAAAGGGUCAAAGUACUCCGUGCUGUGGGUCAAGAGUCACUUGCCUAUCUGACAGCUGCCACUCACGGACUCACUGAAGAGAGCGAGGCUCUGGCAGAAUCUCUCAACUCUCAUCUCGACAAGCUCCCCGAGGUCCACCCCAGUGCCAAGCUACUCCGCCCCAUCCCGCCCAUCAGUCAGACAGAGUCCAACUGGCCACUCCUCAACGUGUCAAAGGGAUUCUUUGAAGGAAUGACUGGAAAAGGUCCUAGUGGUGCUGGUGUCAUGGCAACCAUUGACCCAUUGGAUCAGCCCGAGGAUGGUGGGUGGGGAGACGAUGAUGAACUGAUUAUCAAUGAAGAUGGAGAGAUAGUGACGGAUGUGGGUGGUGAGGACAUGAUGGAGGGAGAGGAGGGAGGAGGUUGGGACGUUGAUGACGACGAACUGGAACUACCACCCGACCUCGAACCAGACCUUGGUGCCGGUGGUAUAGGAGACGAGGGCUACUACGUCCCACCCACUAAGGGCACUAGUCCUGCCCAGGUGUGGGUCAAUAACUCCCAGUUGCCCGGGGAUCAUGUGAGGGCCGGGUCAUACGAGACGGCCAUGAGGUUGCUGAAUGACCAGCUUGCAGUGGUGAACUUUGAACCCUUCAAAGCGCUCUUCAUGAGUGCAUACAGUCAGAGUCGUACGGCCAUCACGGGAAUUCCCCUAAAUCCUCCACUAUACGGCUUCCCUCACAGGAACUGCUUCUCAUCCAUGCUGAUUCUUGGAAAAAGAUUCCUUGAACUGGCUUGACAUCAGUCCCCUCCCCUAUGAUCUGACAGCUCUUCACUUAAUUCUACUUGACCAAGAAGCAACCAUCACUCAACUUUAAGAUCACAGUGCAUAUGGUGACCAUGUCAGCUUCAGCCGUGAGUACUUUUCUAGCUGGAAUGCUGAUGUUGGUAGUUCUACCAGAAUGUUGGUCUCAGAAAGAGACAGGAGAUGAACAGUACUCUCCCAUACUGCUUGUUUCUGGGCUAAUGGCCAAUCAGCUUCAAAUCAAGAACACAAGGCUGUCUGUGUGUAAUACGUUGGGAGGCUAUAGAGAUCUUUGGAUCAAUACUAUAAGGCUACCAGUAUGCGUUGAUGACCUAAGAUUGAUCUUUGAUCCAGCAGAAAAACGGUUCCACAAUAAAAAUGGUGUAUAUGUCAAGCCUAAAGAGGAUUUGCCUGGAAUUGAGUAUUUAGAUUCAAACAAAGAAAUACCAUUGCUAAAGCCAUUUGUUGAUUACUACGUCAAUAACCUUGGUUACAAGAGAGGCAAGAGCAUUCGUGGUUCCACUUAUGAUUGGAGGCGCGGCGCAAAUGAGAUAAAGAAGUCAACCGGUUUCUUUCCACGCACCAAGUACAUCAUCGAAGACAUGUACACAAAAAACGGAAAUCGCAGCUUAACACUCGUCUGCUUUAGUAUGGGCUGUCCUGUUACUCACCACUUGCUUACUAGAACAGGACUCACCCAGGAGUGGAAGGACAAACACAUCCAUGCUUAUGUAACCGUUGUCGGGGCUUGGGCAGGUGGUGUGCACUUCCUUCAAGCUGUGAGCUCUGGCACAGCAGCCGAUACGCUUCUUGGGAAAUUGGAAAAUUUAGGAAGUUCUAUAAAAAACGUAUUAGGUACAUAUCUCAGUUACCUUGAGCGUUCAUUUGAGGGUCUGUACUGGCUCAUGCCAAGGACCCCUAUCUGGAAUGACGAGGUGCUUGUCUCCACACCAUCAGGCGACUACACUGCAAAACAGUAUGAACAGAUGUUUAAAGACUUUGGCAAAGGUUUUGAACACAGCUAUGCAAAGUUUACGACAGCUAUCAGCACUGGAGCCGACUUCCCUGCUCCAAAUGUCCGAACCUACUGUCUCUAUAGUCUUGGUGUGGACACUCCGGAACAUUUGGAGUAUACGAAAGCUGAGAUUAGGGGACAGACCCCGAUUAUCACGAUGGGAGACGGUGAUGGGGUUAUCAACGCUAAGAAUGCUGAAGUAUGCCUGCAAUGGAAGAAUAUGAAGAACCAUAAGUUCGUGUCUUAUGUGUGCCGCGGUUUGCAACAUAAUAACAUAUGUGGCACUGAUUUGUAUCCCUACAUUGGAAAGAUUGUGAAGAUUCCGCAAAGUGAAACAAACUCUGAGAUGAACAAAAAGAAAAUGAAGUUUGAUGAGAGUGUUGCUUUGCUUGAAGCCAUUGGAGAAAAAUUCAGAUCAUCUGAAGUUACCGUUCAAGAGGAGAUUGUGCACAUUCUUGAGAAACUGAUCGAUUAGACCUCUAGUAUAUAGUUCUAGUUCUGUAGACUGAAUUUGAAUUGUAUACGUACAUAGCCUUUUGCUGGCCGUAGUUUGCAUACAGCUUUAUUUUGAAAUUUCAAAUGAAAUGCAGAUUGAUUUUUGUCAUACUGUAUAUCAGUAUAUGCAUUGUAGCGGGAAAA